CUAUUUUCAGUGUCCGUCCACAAUCCUUCUUUUCUUCCCGGGAUCAGUAAAUUUUCAGUCCAAUCGAAAUACUGUGAUAAAAAAUGACAAAACGUCGACCGAAAAAUAAAAAACCAACAGGUUUAAAUCGUUUUUUGGGAAAUUGCUUAUUAAAUGAACGUGAAAGAUUACGUCAACAAUAUCGGAAAAAGCAACAAGCCUGUAACACCGAGAAUAUGGUUGAAAUAAAUAAGCUUGUCACCCAGAAUAUUGAUUCCGUAACCGAUGAAACUGGUCUAGAAGAAUUCCUGGCCAAAGCGGAACUUGCUGGAAAGAAUUUUGCAACCGAACGAGGAGAAUUUCGUAUGCUCGAUUUAGAAAAUUCGAAAGUGAUUGUAAAUACCAUAAAUACCGCUCAUUCAAUGGAUGAGCUAUAUAAAAAGUACGGUGACCGAUUACGGAUUCCUCGUCGACCACCGAAACAUGCAUGGGAAACGGCGCAUGAUUUAACGCGAUUGGAAAAUGAGUAUUUUCUGGAAUGGCGUAAAAAUCUUGCCGAAUUACAAGAGGAUCAUGGUGUACUGUUAACUCCAUUUGAGAGGAACCUCGAGCUAUGGAGACAACUUUGGCGGGUAAUUGAACGAAGUGAUAUCGUCGUUCAAAUUCUUGAUGCUCGCAAUCCGUUGUUAUUUCGGAAUUUGGAUUUGGAAAAAUAUAUUAAGGAGUUUGAUGCCGUGAAGCAAAGUAUAUAUUUGAUCAAUAAAGCUGAUUUAUUGUCGAAGGAGCAGAUGGAGUCGUGGAGGAAGUGGUUCUUGGAAAAUAAUGUAGAUGCUGUUUUUUGGUCGGCUUUGGAGCCAGAAACGGACUGUACCAGUAACAAAGUUAUAGAAGAGAUGAAUGAACAUGACGGGAAUGAAUUAUGUAGCAGUUCAGAUGAAAGUGAAAAGAAAGCAGAGAAUGGGGGGCAGGAUUCUGAUGAAUCAUCUGGCAGUGUAAAUGGCGAAAAUGGCGAUGGCAAGCAAAGAAAUAGUUCUGGUACGGAGCUUUCACAAAAUGUUGAUGUUCCAGAAGAAAAAAUUCCGAUUAUACGUCGUGCUGCGGAGUUGAUAUCAUUUUUCAAAUCUCGAAGUCAUAUCGAAAGAGAUGAUAUAGGAAGGCGUCCUCUUGUUGUCGGUAUGGUUGGUUACCCAAAUGUUGGCAAAAGUUCUACGAUAAAUAAGCUACUGAAUCAGAAGAAAGUAUCAGUAUCGGCUACGCCUGGGAAAACGCGACACCUUCAGACACUAGUGGUUGAUAAGGAGCUUACUUUAUGUGAUUGUCCUGGACUUGUGAUGCCAUCAUUUGCGUUAAGCCGAAGUGAAAUGAUUUUAAAUGGAAUCCUUCCGAUUGACCAUAUGCGCGAGUACUUAUCACCUGUUGAAUUACUAUUAACACGGAUCCCACGAAGGUAUUUUGAGAAAAUUUAUUCUGUGAUGUUGACGAGCACCGAUGAUGAUGAUGAUAAGGAAACUCUACUUAGUGCGCAUGAUCUGCUUACAGCAAUUGCAUUUAUCAGAGGUUAUAUGUCAUCGUCUGGCGUAGCGGAUUGUUCACGAGCAGCACGUUUAGUACUGAAAGAUGUUGUAAAUGGUAAAGUUAAAUGGGUUGCUGCACCACCAAAUGUAAACCAAAAGGAGUUUGAUAAGCUAACUUACAAUAUUUUGGAUGAAGCGAAUUCAAUGAAAUCGAAACCAAAUAGUGGCAUUAUGCGACAGCUUGAAAAGCGUCAUUUGUUGCAAGAUAUGAAACCAUCAGACAAACUCCUUGAUGAACAGUUUUUUCUUGGUUCAAGCAGUAAGGCACAUAUUCGUUCCUUGCGUUCUAUGCCAAAUUUCGCGCCAUCGCAGGGGAAUGAAACUCGACCAUCGAAGAAACAUUUUAAUAAAAAUAAACACGAGAAAUUACGAAGGAUUUUUGUUGAUUAAUCUAAGAUAUUCCCACAAGCAAAGGAAUUAUUCUAGUUUCAAAAGUUCAGGGUCUUUACGAAUCUCAACUCUGAUACUACUAUAUCUAAG